GUACUAGAGAACUAGUGAACUCAAAACUGAGUCCCUGCACACUUCAUCUUGCUCUCGAGGAAGUAUACAGUAAAUACAUUUGCUCAUCUGAAAACUGAUUUUUGUAUGGAUAUUAUGAUGGUCGGCUGUGCACAUGACUGCAGUCACUGACAGUUAAUGCGUCCUUGGACCCAACCGUGCAUGAAGUUCAAGACCCAACCCAGUGCUCUCUAUUACAUCUGGCUCUGCUUCAGAACUGGCCCCAGAACAGAACAAAUAAACACGUAUGAAGUCUGACUGACUACAAAAUGGUGUCUACAUGUUUUAAAAAAACAAAAUCAAACUCGAGAGAUGUCUAGCUUAUUAAACCCUAAAACGUGCAGGAAUCAGCACAAUCAACAAAGGAAAUUCCUUGGCAGCGGGAAUAUGUGUCUGGAGACUCGCGAGCUUCCUCUCCUCAGUGUUUAAAAACUCCUUUCCUCCCAAAUUCAAGGGUAGGAUUACAACUACUUGCACUCGCGGGCGGAGCUGACGCGCUUCUCCACCAAUAGGAGCGCUCGACAGCCACCAUAAUGUUCAACUGACUCCCUGAUUCAACCAUGGAGGACGCAGUGCCCUCUGAGGAUGCUGAACCUCUGACUGCAUCCUCCAAAAACACAGACAUCCAUGAUGCGGAGCCAGAGGAUGGGCGUCCUUCCAGCACUAGCCCGGAGCCUGGCUCCACAUCCUUUCCCUCUAAUCAGCAAACUCAUGGCUCUGCCGUAUCAGCCCUGCAGUCCAAAGUCAAGGCCCUCUCAGAACGCAAAGUUGUCUGGAAAGAACCUGGAAGCAAGAACCAGGACAAGUGGGUGGUUCCUGGGACCUUCAUGCUGGGAUACGCCCUCACAGAUGCUUGGGGCUCCAGCAGCAGCGAUGAAGACGGUGAACCUCGCAAACCCUUGAUGUUCCUCACCCGAGACUCCAAUCCAGAACUUGAAUAUGAUCCCAUCUCUUCUGAAGCCUUCCUGGCAGUUCCCCGUGGCCUUGGAGAAGGAGCGAGUCUGGAGAACCUCUCGAAUGAUGCUUGCGGAGCACAAGAUGACUCUUCAACAUCCCAUAAACCUUGGAUGCCACCAAAGUAUUUCUGGAGGUCCAUUAGACAAGAGAAGUCGGUUCCAAAUGGAGAUGUUCCGGUGGGGAAAGAUGGAGGAAGCUUACCUUGGGCUGGUGGAGCCAAAAUGCAAAAGUUUCCAAGGGAACUUCAAAGGUCUGACAGUCUGGAGAGUCACCUGCGCAAGUACAAUCAUGGUGAGGUGGGACAGAGUGGACUGUGGAGAGCCGACAGCUUGGAGAGCAUGUGCAGCAAUGGAAGCUCCCUGUCUCUGGCCGAGAGAGUCGAGAUGAACCGUGGACUUCUUAAACAGAUGCUGCAGAAAGCCCAGAACAAAGAUCACAUACCAGGACAGAGGCUCGAGGACCAGGCACACAUUGGUGGUAAAGGGAUCAGUGGCUUGAAUGACAGUGAUUGGGAUUCUGGGAUAUCGUUGCAAGGUAGUGAACACAGCCAAAGGGCCUUUGUGUUGGGCGACGACCUUCCGCUGAGCCCUCGCCACGAGCAGGCCAAACGACUGCUGGAGAGAGCGCGUAUGAAGGCCCGGUCCAACCCUCUCAAAGCCGACCACACCAUCCUACCCGUCCAGAGGGACAACCCGGAGUUGCUCUCCUGGGUUGGUGUACCCCUACACCAGGCUCCUCUUGCGGGGAAGGAGGGCGUGGCGGUUGUCUCGGGAAACCUCAGUGACUCCUCCAGUGGAGACUCAGCUGGCGGGACCCGCCGGAGACACGGGCAGUCUCCAACUCGUGUGCGUUUUGAAGAUGAAUCAGAGAAGGAUGCAGAGGUGCGCUACCUAGAGAGGCUACGCCAAAGACGCAGGGCUGGAGAAAGAGCGCAGGGCUUGUUGGUAUCAAAACCCACCUUGUCUUCUUACAUCAAUGGAAAGGCAGAGACUGGACAUGGGUCACAUGAGUCAAUAUUUUGGAAGACAAAAGCCAAGAAGAGUUUGUUAAAUGGCAAAAGUCCUGAGGCACUAAACAGGUCAUGCAACUCUUGUGGCAUCUUUUUAAAUGAACCUCAAGGACCUAGCUUGAACUCAAAUACUCUGUCCUUACCUAAUGGGGAAGUUGAAGGGAAGAAGAUACCAUGUUGGGUUGCUCCCACCCUUCCCAACCGCCUUGUCCGGAUUGAACAGAUUAAGGAAACAUACAUUGGGACAAGUCCCGCUAUUGUGCACAGCGAUGGAACACACUGCAGUCCUUCGGAUAACAGUAAUGGUAGAGGAACAUUUCAGAAGCUAAAGAAGAAGGUUCGAAAAUUUGACAGCAAGCGGGAAUCUUUGUAUGUAAAUGGCCACAGGACUCCAUCACCUCUGGACUGCAACAAACUUGCAACACCCAACGGAACUCAAAUGUAUCUCUUGAAUGGAGUAGCAUUGCCACUCAAUCCCUAUGCCCCAGAUACACUUGGACAGAGAAUCCCGGCCACAUCCAGCAAAGGUCCCGUGGCACCUCCAUUACCCCUCAAAGCAGAGCCACCCAGUUCUCAGCCAGCCCAGCCAACCCCUCCACCUCUACAACCCAAAAAAUCAGCCCUGAAAUCCAGCUCCAAGAAUCGCACUAAUGAUCCGCGGACUGUCACAAUUAUGCCUUCGUCAGAGUACCACAUGGUUCAUCUGGACUCCACAGACGCUGGGGGCACUGUGGACAAUUGUCCUCAGGAGCAGACUCCCCCUGUUUUGGGUUACUGGGAGGACAGAUCUGUAAUGGUCACCCCUGGACCCUUACUCAGGACGAGCCCAGUUCUGUGUGCUCGAAAUUUUCCUGUACAAGGGGAAGAAAGGUCAACAGAUGUGGAACAGCACCAGGUAACAGGACAGCUAGCAUCUGAUGCAACAUCCAGCAGUGCUGAAUCACCCCAGUCUCGUCUCAAUGACGGACACGUCCGAGGGCCAAUCAGACCAGUACAUAACAGGGCAACAAGCCCAAACUUUUCACAAGCGGUAACAGAUGCUGAUCAACGGGAAGGUCGACCCAAGCUCUCCCUGCGGAGGUUUUUCUCUGCCAUGGGGCUGAACAGUGUGGGGUUGCUGGGAAAGGGUCGAUCCAGCAGCAUGGAUCAGCUUAGCCUGCACCCCAAACCCAACUCAAACCUAAACCAAAACUCCAGGCCUACGUCGCCUUCGCCCUCCCCCAGCCCCACACACAGACACCACCACCAGCUGAAGAAAGCCCCGUCACUGCAGACGAUACGACUGGGGUCUCCAUUUCUCCAGCUGAGGAGAUCUUCCUCUGCUCAAAACCUCCAAAUCCCUAGGAAAAAAACGGAUCGCUCUUCUGCAUACACUCCAGGAGAACAACCUUGUAGUCCUGUAUUAACCAGGGAUCUUCAGCGUGCCUUGAGUGUGGAGGAUGUGGGACGUCCCAGUGCGGUUCGGCCGGUGGGACGUGUGGCUCAGGCUUUCCCUGAUGGCACCAUCCUGCUGGAGCUCUCCAGACCCCCGAACGGACCCUUCGGCUUUCUCAUUUCAAGAGGAAAAGGCAGGCCAGACUCAGGGGUGUAUGUUGAAGAAAUGGGCGACAGCAAUAUGGAGAAACUGUACGCGGGGCUGCUGGGGGUCGGGGACGAGAUUUUAGAGGUGAACGGCGAGAAGGUGGCGGGACUCAGUCUGGACCUGGUGACCCGUUUAAUGACUCAAAACAGCACCGCUUCCAUCCGUGUGCUACGACACAGACGUCUGCAACGCUAACUGAAGACCAGAUGUUUCACUGCACUCAAUGUAAUCAAAAGAAGGUCAGAUGAGUUUUUGUGAAAGGCAGUAUUACUUUUUACCGCCCUUUAGAGCUGUGUUAUGGGGACAUAUUACACAAAAAAAUCAUGGUUUUAUUUCAUUCAUAUUGUUCUGGUAUUUUUUUUGGACUAACUCAAACACUGAAUCAGUGUUUGGGGUGUGUUUACACCAAGGAUGAUAACUAUAUGAGUUACCGCACUUUUUGCACACUUAAGAUCCUUUAAAAAUGCGAAGUUUGCAUAAAAAUUAUUAUUUUUAAAAAUGUUAUGCUAUUCAUUUAAUUCCAGUCACAUUGAAUGUUUUACAUAACUCCUGACUCCUCAUUUAGAGGAGAUCUGUGAUAUGAAGGAUACAAUUUAUAUUGAUUUACAGCAUUAUUUUUAUUUUUUUGUUUGCGUAAUGAUGCACAACA